CUGGGCAGCUGUCCCGGCGCCUUCCGGGCAGAGUAUAAGCGGGCGGGAGGGAGCUGCAAGGAGGGCGGGCGGUCUCUCGGCGCACUUCAUAAGGGAACUUUUGAGUCGACCUCUCCGGGAAAUGUUGGUGCCGCACGGCCGGGAGGGGGAGAGAGAACCAUGCUACCGGCUGCGCUGCGCCCAUCCAGCGCAGCGUCGCACGCAGCCGCUCUGCUCCUAGCGCUCACGCUCCUCACCUGCGCCUCCAACCCCGUCGCAUCUUACUUCGGAUUAACGGGCAAGGAACCCCUCUCCGCGCUCAUCUCGGGGCCGGAGGCGGCUCACGCGGGUCCCGUACCCCGACCAGGCCGCCUCAAGGGCUGCGAGCGUCUGCAGCUGGGGGGCGAGAGGAGGCGCCUGUGCAGGAGGGACCCCGGCGUCGCCGAUGUCCUCCUGGGCGCGGCCGAGUUGAGUGCAGCCGAGUGCCGCGCGCAGUUCAGGGGCGAGCGUUGGCAGUGCGAGCUCGAGGAGCGCUACCGCCUCAACAUCCUCAAGCGAGGUUUUCGCGAGACCGCCUUCCUCUACGCGGUGUCGGCGGCCGGCCUGGGCCACGCCAUGGCGCGGGCGUGCAGCCGCGGGCGUCUGGAGCGCUGCACGUGCGACGAGACGCCGGGCCUGGAGAACCGCCAGGCGUGGCAGUGGGGCGGCUGCGGGGACAACGUUCGCUACGCCGCCAAGUUCGCGCGCGCCUUCCUCCUGAGACGCGAGGCCAGCAAGGACCUGCGCGCCGGGGUGGACCGGCACAACACUCACCUGGGCAUCAAGAUGGUGAAGAGCGGCGUGCGCACGACGUGCAAGUGCCACGGCGUGUCGGGCUCGUGCACGGUGCGCACCUGCUGGCUACAGCUGGCGCCCUUCCCCGAGAUCGGCCGCAAGCUCAAGCAGCGCUACGACACGGCCGUCAAGGUGCUGAGCGUGAGCAACGAGGCGGCGGGUGAGGGCUCGCUGGCGAGGUCGCGGCGCCCGCCCGUCAGCGAGCUGGUCUACGUCGAGGACUCGCCCAGCUACUGCCGCGCCAGCCGCUUCUCCCCGGGCACCGCCAACCGCAGCUGCCUCAAGGGGCGCAACUGCGACAGCGUGUGCUGCGGGCGCGGCUACAACACGCGCGUGCACACGGCCGAGCAGCCGUGCCACUGCCAGGUGCACUGGUGCUGCUACGUGCAGUGCCAGCAGUGCUCCAAGCGCGAGGAGAUCUACACCUGCAAGGACGGAUGAUCCGGCCGGACGGCUCCCGGCGGGCCCCGGUGCCGCCUCGCCGCCGGCGAGCUCCGUUCGACGGUGGACGGAGAGGGGGAGGAGGGUGGAAGCCGCGCCGGCGGUGCCGGUUCUGUCCAUUGACAUCGCAACCCACCCACCCCGACCCAUCCGCUCGACGCGACGCCGGAGCCGGAGGCGGCUCGUGCUUCCGUUUCACUUCUCGGCGAUGGCGUUCAUCGAACGGAGAAACGAAACAAUUGGGGGGAGCGGGGGUUGGGUUGAGUGGCCGGCGUUUUUCCACUUUGCUCUUGUUUCGCGUAGCCACGACGGAAGACAGAGAGAGAGAGAGAGCUGUGCGAUGGACGGUGAGCGAAGGCGUUGUCCGCAGGGGGUUUGUGGACGGAAAAACAACACAUGCGUGGACGCUGGAGCCAACACCUCCCCCCCACCCAGCCUCGGUCUCGUCAAACAGACGACUCGGGCCGAAGGGCACCCCGCGGAGUUGCGCAAUGGCCGCGCCGGCGAGAGCACGAAUUCGGCGCGCGGGGCGCGAGAGAGGGUCCGGCGUGACCCAGCGCAGGGGCGACGCUCGCACCGCCGAACUCGCCGAGGACUCCGGCUUCGUCACUCGACCGCUUGCGCCCUGGCGGACGGCGCCGUCGUUGUUGUCGCCGCCCGUGGUGGUGGUGGUGGUGGCGGCGGUGGCGGCGGUGGCGCUGGUGACCCAGUGCCCGGCUGCGGGGGACGUGGAGAGGAACGAUCGCGUUGUGCUGCCGCACCGCGGGCCGAGUGGCUUGGUCUCGACGCGUGUCAUUCCGCGAGUCGUUCCUCGGCAACGUAGCGGCAGGAACGAUGCGGGGGGGUGUUCCUGGGGCGCCAGCGGCGCGUCGCGUUUGGGUACACGCAUCGAGUUGUGCGAAUUAUGCGAAGGAAAAUGUAUACGCUGUUACAUGUAGGUUAUUGGGGGCGAAUAAAACUGUGCAAACGACACAAAACCCCACGGUAAAAUAUACAAACAAGACGGUGGAGAGAAUGGGUUCUCCAGUCGAAUUGCAGUCGUGAAUAAUGACGAUUCAUCGAAUCACCGGGGGUGUGGGGGGAGGCAAAUUAAACGAUCUCCCUUGUGUGUCACAAUUCACCUCCCCCCUCCCUGUCCCUCCUGUGUCAGGAACGAUACAAAACCAGACGGAUGCCUAAUUGAUCGUCAGGUUCCCGGAGUUGAAGGGUCUUUUGUUGGGCCGGGUGAAGACUCGAAAGACCAUGGCAGUCCAAAUUUCCAAGAGUGGCCCGGACCGUACUCGUAUCACGACUCAAACGCAGUUACGAUGCCUGCCGUAUGCCUCAUGUACAAGGGAGUGAAAACGCUUUGGAACCAGGAUACUCAUCUCGCCCAGGCUUGUGCCUGUUGCUCUUAUAGAGGUUUUUUUUUUUUGGGGGGGGGGGGAGGGUGGGGGUGGGGU